AGUUGGUUGAAUCCAUGAUUUGCAACAAGUAGAUAUGGAGGGCCAACUGUAUGUGUCAAAUAAAUAAUGUUCACUCUCCACUGCGCACCUGCACACUUCCCAUACUUCCCCCUUCCCUCCAGUCUCAGAGCCCAAGUACAGCUUCCCUUCCCAGGUCAUCUGAUCAUAGAUGUACCAUCUGCUUAGCUCAGGGAACACAUGAUGCCUGAUUCCACAGGGAAUUCCUUUCCUUGGGGACAAUGAAACUGUUCUCCCACAUUCUAUGAGCAGAACCUGACAAGCUCUCUCAAUACACAUUUCAGCUUUCUAGCUUGGACAUCUCUUUGGAUCCUGACAAGGUAACACAGCAACAGCCAGCAUCCUAUCAUGACGGCUGUGAACACAACCCAACUGUCCUCACAAGCUGGCUAACCCUCAGCUGCAGAAAGGAAAGAAAAUCCCUUGGCCCCAAAAUGACAUCCGGAGACUCGAAGACAAGCCUCAAGAAUGCCUGCCCAUGUGCCAAAAGGCUGUCCCUGAAGGCGGAGGAGGAGAAGGAGGAGGACUACUGCACUCCCGGAGCCUUUGAGCUGGAGCGGCUUUUCUGGAAAGGCAGUCCCCAGUACACCCACGUCAACGAGGUCUGGCCCAGGCUCCACAUCGGUGAUGAGGCGACGGCGCUGGACCGCUAUGGGCUGCAGAAGGCGGGUUUCACGCAUGUGCUGAACGCAGCCCACGGUCGCUGGAACGUGGACACUGGGCCUGACUACUACCGCGACAUGGCCAUCGAGUACCACGGCGUCGAGGCCGACGACGUGCCCACCUUUGACCUCAGCGUCUUCUUCUACUCAGCCGCGGCCUUCAUCGACGCUGCGCUGCGCAGUGACCACAGUAAAAUCCUGGUUCACUGUGCCAUGGGCCGUAGUCGGUCUGCGACCCUGGUCCUGGCCUACCUGAUGAUCCACAGGGACAUGACCCUGGUGAAUGCCAUCCAGCAAGUGGCCAAGAACCGCUGUGUCCUACCCAACCGGGGCUUUCUGAAGCAGCUACGAGAGCUGGACAAGCAGCUGGUGCAGCAGAGGCGACAGGCCCAGUGUGGGGACUGCAAGUUGGAGCUGUAGGACCCUCUUCAUGGGCCAAGCAGUAACACUGGGGAUGUCCCCAGGAGAGGGAAAGACUGAACAUGGUGCUGGCCUGUGACUUUGUUGGUCACGGAGAAGGGACAGCGAAACCAAAACUUUACUUCUUCCAAACAAUCUUAUUAAACUUCCUGGUGCAUGCUGGGAGAAGGGAGGAUUGGGAGCUGCCUCCUGGCAAAGGCCAGGACUGGACCUCACGGCCCCCAUGAGUGAGAUGGGCUCUGGGCAGAACUGGCUGUCAAUGAGCACACAGUUCUGCUCAAAGUCUGUAUUUUUUUUUUUUUAAGAUGAAAGCAAAAAAGGGGAUUUAAAAAUGUGUGGGCAUUGUGAUUAAAUGUUUGGCUUUGUCUGAAAGGAAAGUCACAUUUAUUUUCGAUUCCAAGGGGGCAGCUGGCUUGUUUUCUGUGACACCAGGAGGUGUUUGCACAGGUGUGUGCUGUGGAAUGGAGGAUCCGCAGCCAGGAGAGAGCCCUUAGGAGUUGGCCUCCCUGAGAGGUGGUGUGGGAUUCUCACUCUUGAGAAAGCAGCAGCAGGAAGCAGGAAGCAGGAACCUGGAACCAGAUGGAACCCAGAGAGGUACUGCUCAUGGAGACGCAGCAGCCAUGGACCAGAAAUGGAACUGCCUAGGGAAACAAGUGUCAAGGCCUCCUGGGACACCAGGAGAAGGCACCAGGUUCUCCAGCUUGGUUAUUUUAUGGGGGGAGGAGAGAGUCCAGGGACUUGGCAGCUGGUAAGGCUGCCUAAGACUCACCCUGGGACCGUUGGGAGAUGCUCUGCUUUUUUGCCAGAGGGAAUACCUGUGGCCUGGACUUAGUUUCCUGGGACUGCCCUUAGGUCUACUCGGGGAGUCACCACAGUGACAUAUAGCACCUGAUCCCCCGCCUUGACCUCCCAUGAUAAGGAUGCUGGUCUUUUAAUAAAUGAACAAAUGGGAACAUUGUGAAUUUUUAAAGCCGCAUUCUCUCUGAAAUUGUGACAGUACUAAGCAGGACCAAUAUCAUGCUGGACCCACAACUCUUGUGGUUGUGAGGGAGAGAACAUUGCAGGAGCAAGGUGGCCAACAAUGAAUGGAGUUGCUUAAUGACUCAGAUUUGGGUUUAAUGGGAGCCAUACUCAGGCUCUUGGAAAAGAGAUGGGACAAAAGGGACCUGGGGGUCACAGUGGUCCCAACUUAGGCCAUCCAAUUAUGACACACUGAUACCCUCCUCUGAACUCAAGUUAUUUCUUAGGUCUGAUCUAGUUCAUGUCCAGAGACAAGUCAACAUUUCUAUUUUAAAGAGCUAUUUAUAUCUACAUGAAUUCACGUGUGCGGGAAGACUGAACGUCUACAGGCCCAUCGCCGGUAUUUGCUUGAGCUUCUGUUUUUAUACUUUCAUCUAGGCCCUCAUGUCUUUGUGGGGCUGAGUCCUGCUGAGGGCAGCAGAAGCAAUAAAGAAACGUAGGGGUUCUGGUCUCUUCCUGGUGACUCCUGGGAGCAGGAGCAACAUUAGUUUUUUAGUAGUGUCUCAAGUCUUCACAAGUAAAAUACUUAUUUGGUCAGUAAGUAUUUAUGGAAAUAUCAUGGGCCAAAAACUAGGUUAAGGAGGCCAAAAAUUCAAGCAAAAAUGCAAAUGUAAUCAAGUGUGAUGAGGGGAACAGGUGCUCACGUGGAAACGACAGGCAGAAACCCACUGGAGAUGGGGGUAGUGGCGAGGACGGGCUUUCCAAGAAGACAAAGUGAGUUGAAGCAGAACAUCUUCCAACUGAGAAGGGAGAUUCCAGGCGGAAGAACUGCCUAGCAGGUGAGGAGAGUGGGAGGAGAAGGGUAAAGAGGUUCACUCUAGAAACCAAAAUUUACUUUGGCCAAAGUAUGGAGAAUAGGUGGUAGGGCAAGGGAGGCAAGGCCAGUUAGGGACUGUUGACAGAAAAGGGAAAGGCGGUCCAGACUGACAGCACAGGGGAUUAGUAUUCAAGAUUAAUUUGGAGCAGGGCACAGUGGCUCAUGCCUAUAAUUCCAGGAGGCGGAGAUUGGGGAGGCUCUCGGUUCAAGCCCAGUCCAAGCAAAAAGUUCUUGGAGCAUCAUCUCAAUCAAUAAGCUGGGCAUGUGGUGCCAGCAUAAAUAGGAGGAUCACAGUCCAGGCCAGCAGAGGGUAAACGUGAGACCCCACUUGAAAAAUACAUAAAGCAAAAAGGGCUGGGGGGGUAGCAAGCACCCAGCAAGCACCAGGCCCAGGGGUCAAAUCCCAGUGGUGAAAAAAGGUAUUUUGGAAUUAUAAUAAGCAGGAAAACAGAGAGGACUGGCUGAGAGGGAAGAGGAAAAAGGAAGUACAAAAGGCUUGGAUUUAGUGGUGCCUUAGUACUGACAUUGUGUGGGAGGAGCUGGAACUCACCAGUUCAUUGUGGUGUUCGUAAGUCAUAGAAAAGGUUUCCCUGAUCAAUUGACCUGAAAUUUAGAGUGCAGAGGAAGGCUCACAAGUGAAGGUCAACUUUUGGGUGUUACCUGUAGACAGAGGUGGAACUUGAAGUCACCAUAGUGAGAUAAGGGAAUAAGAGAGGAGACAUACCCAGGUAUGAGUGCUGCAGCACAUAAAGGCUUUAGAGCCA